AUGAUCAAUGUAUUUGGGGAUGUCUUGGUAGAAGCUAAAAAAUCUAAAAAAAAUGAUGGUUAUAUUGAUAUAGAAAAGUUUACACCGUCUAAUUUAGAUGAUGCUGGCGAUGGUAUCGGUGCAUACAAAAAGCGUGUUGAUAAACUUCUUGAUAAUAAAGAAAAAUCUGAUUCAUUAAAUCUUCAAGUCAAAAGUAAAGGACGAUCAAAACUUCGCAAUUAA